GUCCUACGGCCCUGAGGAGCUCAUAUCAUUCGAGGACCAAACUCAACGAAUCUAUUUUCCCCAUGCUUUUAGCACGUCCAACGCGCCCAAGUGGGUGACACCAGAGCCCUGUAGAGGAGCGCCUCAAACCCUGCCCGAGGACCUCCCGAACAGCCAGCCCUUGUUGAACGGUGAACUACGGUGAAGGUUCCCAUGAGAUCUGGCGAAGAUCAAUCUGGGGGACAUCCGUAUUGCCUCCGGAAUCCGCAUGUUGUCAUGCGACAAUCAGGCAACGGAGCCGGAUCGAGCUAGGGAUGUUCUCAGAAGAGCUGUAUUUGGGCGCACCCCAAACGGCUCUUCUUGUCCACUCUCUUGCUCCCGGUCACGUCCCCUCGUCCUUCCAUGGCUCCUCCUCCCAGCAGUCUCCGCGGGCUUCCCGGCACUGGUCCGCGCGCACGAGCGCAGAGUGACGCGCUUCCGCCGUCCUUUGCGCCGCCAGUGAACACACCGCUGUACUCCCAUGCCUCCAGUUACAGGUCACUUCAGAUGGAGCUCUUGAUCUAUAGCCCCUCCGUGAAGAUGGUUUCACGACCGUAUACGACGAACCAGGCCUUGGCCGUUUUCAGUGACCAGGACAUUGUGAGCGGAAAGGUCAUCUUAGAUCCGAGCUGCCAGGUUGGACGGUUGAGUGUAACGAUCGAGGGCGCGUUCCUCUACUCGACGGAGAAGCCCAACGACGAUAUUGCACCGUACGGAACUAUCCCGGCCAAGAGGAAACAUGUGUUCUUUUCGUCUUCCAAAGUGACGCAAGUAGCAGCAACCGACGCGAGGGAGCCGAGGUCCACGCUCCGUGAGAUCUCUGUGACAUGGGAGUCUGCUGACAUCACCGAAAACCCAUCCUUCCUCGAAAUCCCCAUCAUACUGCACCCCGACACGGGCUUUCAUUCGCUGAGUGCGGUGGCGGGGAACGACAGUUCUUGGUUGGAGAUUCCACUCAAAACAGACAGGCCAAUCGCGUUCCGCUGCGCAGUGACACUGCCCACAUCUGUAACAUUCUCACGGGCGUCUUCGAUCCCCUACUUCGUAGUGUUCACCACAACACCUCGCUCGGGGACAAUGGCACGCGAGAUAGCCGCCGACGCGACUAUUUCUAUCUCAAUCUUCAGCCAGAUUACGAUCACCGAGACGGCGGCCUUACCGAUCACCCCACCCAUCACACCACUCAGCGAGUCUUCCUCGGAUUCUCUGCCCAUGUCGCAGCCACGCACGAGGCUUCUGCGGCGAGUACGAUCCCGGACUUCGCCAUGGUCUCCACGCGCAGCAGACGGAGAUGUCCCCGACGCCCCACUACCGCGAUUGCCGACGCAGACGGCGUUCUCGGACACGCAGACGAUCCAUUCCUCGAUGUUUAUUGGCUUCCCGAAGCGACCGAGGCACCAGCAGCAGGGUGGCCCGAACGAGCAUCCGACGCUCGAGUCGCAACGUGCUCUCCCCGAUGGGUUGCACAAGGAUAAGAUCCAGCUCCGGCGCGACAUGCUGCCGACGAUCGAUUGGGCUGGCAUUUCUGUCAAGUAUUACAUGGACAUUUCCGUUCUUUUCGGUCAGGACGAAGUUCGAGGACGCGUCCCUUUGCGCAUGAUCUGAGACCGUCCCCACGACACACACCCGCUCACACACACAUACACACUCGCUCGUUACUUCCAAAACACUUCGUAUUCAUCAUACUCAUAGACCCCAGUAUAAGCACUAUCCACCUUUCGUUAACCAUCUGUACAUUUGUAAAUAAGUAGCAUUGCUUUCAUCAGCUUCGCAGGUUCCAUGCAUGGUGAUCAUCACCGUGCGAUGUUGAGCAUGGAGAACAGAUGGACGUUGCACGUGCACCUUCCUCGCGCCCACAAUGUCCGUUUUUUCCGUCAGCCGGCUCUGAAGCGAUGUUCCAGACCACUGCGAAUAGCAGAACGCGAUCACGUGAUGGUGCUAACACGGUGUCCACUGCCAGGAACAGGCUAGCCUCAAUCCCGCUACAGCUGCAAGACAGACGGAUUGUUCAUAUUUACUGCUCGAAUUUACAUAAUUUGGGGUUUAGCGUGCGAUCGUUAUCGCUGGGACUCUUCGGCAAUCCCUUCCUGCAUGUCAAGUGUAUACGGCAGCGGAACUUCUCUCACAGCUCGAUACUAUAAUAACCGACGAGGUGUGAAACAGCUCAGAGAACGAUCUGGCGAGGCUCAGACGUAAGCGCAAGCGAACCACUCGUUGAGAAGGACCGGUUACAAAAAUUCCACUGCCACCGCCGAAAGAUCUCCAUCAGCCCAACCAAAAACGAGCGGAGCAUCGGGUCUGGCCCCUGGACGGGGAUAUACAGGAUCCACAUGAACCGUAUCACCGUGUUGAUCAUCUAGAGAUCCGCCGCGGAGGUCAGAUGCGAAUCAGCUGGGCAAGGGCGCAGGGAAGCUGACGAUUGCGGUGUAGUACAACUGCAGAAGUGGAUUGAGUAUGGGCAGCCGGAUAUUAGGCGGACCACGCACCGGAACGUGGUUCGAGUAGAUCAGCUCGUUCCUCAGCAACCAGUGCCGACUGUGCCUUCGAAAGAUAGACCAGUCCAUCAAAAAGUCCUGCGAGCGGUUAGGUCAGCGUGUGUUACGCCUUGCCGACUGCAUAUGGAUCCUCGGCCUACCCAUGUCGUAUUUGCUGCCUGCACGAAAUGGAGCGGCGCAAAAAUGUGACCGAGAGCCGCUUACCUUUGUGACGCCAGAGAAAGUAGCACAGAUAGCUGAUAAUUCCAGACCAGUACUUCCCGGCCUACAUUUCCACGAGGAGGAUCAGCAUGUCGUUGCGGAGGGGAGACGGCUAACAUUGAUGAGAUGCGUCGUGAGCUUCGAAUCGGCGUAGCGCUUUAUGCUCUGCACCAUGCGGAUGACGAAAGGCAGCACGGCGAUUACGAAAGACAGCGGCCAGAGUUUCGACGUGCUUCCGCAUUUUCGCCAGUCGGCAUCAAGACUGCGCGCGUAAACACAGCUGACCAGAGGGAUGUUCGAUAACGUGAAUUCCAGGCUCGUGAACUGGUCUCUGCAUCUUGAUCUUCAGAAUUCCGAACGGCGUAGGACAGCUCUCGAAGCCUUACCCCAUCCAAAAGUCCGUAAACUGGGUAGCAUCAGUGGGCAGCAUCAUUCGAAACAAGAACCACGGAACCUCGACGCGCUUCAAGCCCGAUUUGAGCAAGUUCGCAGUGCUUUUGACAAGCCAGUAUCUGGAGGGCCUAUACAGAAGGGGAAAAGGGUCGAACAUCACGAUCCCCGUGAACGCCAGCCAAACCAGUGGCCACGUCGCAGGUGCCACAUGGGCAUCUAAAAUCCUGGAAAAGGAAAGCCAGAACGCAUAGCAAAGGGCGGUGAGAAGGAUGGCGGGAGUCUGAAAGUAUUCGCGGUGGUCGAGACGCGUUCUCAGGUCUAGUUCUGAUGGGUGCCGGCGUCUAUAAUUGAUCGAAGAAAGCAGGCAAAGAACACGGACCGAAGAUGAAAACGUAGUUGAUCCGAGAAUGCGCCCAGACAAGAAGAUUCAGCCCUACCAGCAACGCAAAGAUGGCGGGGAUAGCCAAGACCCCGUAGAUGAACAUUAAUCCGUCCCAUCCGGGGAUAGCGGCACGUGUAUUUGGUUGAAAACCUGAGAACAGUUCAAAACGAUGUGCUAGAGCGCAGAGACUCGACUAUAC